CGAUUCUAUCACACAAAAUCAUUAACGUCUUUAUGAUUGUACAGUUAUAUAAUCUGAACACAAAGAAGCACCGGAAAUUAAUGACUUAUUUAAUUUGUACUGUUUUUAAAGGUUAAAAAAACUGAGUGUUACCUGUGGUUGAAAAAAAGCCAUGUUGGCUGAUCUCUGCCCUCGUUGUAAAGUUUAACUUGUGAAUAAACAGUGUGUUUGUGUGGAUCAAUAGUGUCUCGCUUGUUCUUCUCUGCUCUCUGUUCUUUCCAGUUCAGAUUCUGACAUCAUGAAGACUCUUUUCACGCUGUUUGUUUUCAUGAGUUUCAACAAAGGAUUCUGCACUGAAACACAUGACCAGGUUCUGUCCAUCACCCCGACGACACAGGACCAGGUGGACGUCGUGAGGAAUGUGUCCACUCAACAUGAGACGGCGUUAUGGCAGCCGGCUUCACCUGAGUUCAUCAGAGCAGAGACAGACGUCCAUCUGUUUGUCCCCGCCACAAGUUCACAGGUCGUCAGUGAGCUGCUGCUGAGACACAACGUAACUCACGAAGUUUUACUGGACAACGCAAACGAGUUGAUCGAAAUGCAGACGAAAAACGACUCCACGGAUCCUCGAAGCAGCUCCACCUUCUACGAGAGAUAUCACAGCCUGGAGGACAUCUAUGACUGGAUCAACAGGACCACACAGGACAACCCCAGCAGAGUCAAAGCCGUUCUCAUCGGCUCCUCAUUUGAAAAAAGACCACUCUACGCUUUAAAGUUAUCUGUAAACACCAGAUCAAACAAGAAAGCCAUGUGGAUCGACUGUGGGAUCCAUGCCAGAGAGUGGAUCUCUCCCGCUUUCUGUUUGUGGUUCGUACAGAACUUUUUGUCGUUUUACGGACGAAACCAGGACGUCACCAACAUCCUGGACAACAUGGACGUCUACGUCCUGCCCGUCCUGAACCCUGAUGGAUAUCACUUCACAUGGACAACGAACAGGAUGUGGAGGAAGAACCGCUCGUUCAGCAGGAGCAGCUCGUGCGUCGGAGUCGACCUCAACAGGAACUUUGACGCCAACUGGUGCACCGAGGGAGCAUCCCAUAAUCCCUGCAGUGAAAUCUACUGCGGUGCUUUCCCUGAGUCAGAGCCGGAGACCGAGGCCGUGGCCAACUUCCUCCGCAGUCACAAAAAUUCCAUUCAGCUCUACCUCAGCAUCCACUCCUACUCUCAGAUGCUGCUCUUCCCGUUCUCGUGCACCACGGAGCAGGCGGAGAACCACGACGACCUGCUGGAAAUCGCCAAAGAAGCUGCUCAAAAAAUCCAGAGACAUUACAGGAACCACUACAAAUAUGGAGCUGGAGCAAAGACCAUAUACCUGGCUCCGGGAGGUUCUGAUGACUGGGCCUACAACCUGGGCAUUAAAUACUCCUUCACCUUCGAACUCCAGGACCGUGGCCGUUACGGCUUCCUCCUGCCGCCGUCACACAUUUCCAAAGCGUGCAACGAGGCUCUGAUCGCGGUGAAGACCAUCGCCAUGAAGGUCAUCGAGAAGACCCCAGCUUCUUCUGCAGCCUGAGGUUCAGUUCAGUUCAAUAUGACGAUGAGUCGUUUUUGUGAAUAAAGCCCACAGUCACAGUUAUCCUCAGCAAAAUAAUUGUUGCUGUAAUUGUAAAAAAAAAAAAUGCCUUUAAUAUAGUUUUUUUUUUUUUUUUUAAGUUUCUUGAACUUUCAACAAAUGUGUCGCAGUAUGUUUUGGAAUAUUUGUGUAUACAUUUAUGAUUGCAAAUAAAAAACGGAUGGAGGAA